UUUGUUUUUGUUGGAUUGGAAAGAAAAAUAAAUAUUUUAAGGGUAUCACAGGUCAAAAGACACAAUUACGAAGCCUUCAUUCAAUUUGAGUUGUAAAUUAGUCUCCCAAAGAAUAUUUCAACGUCUAUUAUGAGCAAAUCAUCCAACAUGCUGCGUUUAGCCUUACUGCAAUUGAAAGUCUCAAAAGAUAAAGUUGCAAAUGUACAAAAUGCUCUGAAAAAGAUAACUCAAGUUGUCAACGAAUCCAAACCACGAAUUGUUGCUCUUUCCGAGUGCUUCAAUUGCCCUUAUGGUACUAAUUAUUUUCGUGAAUACUCAGAAACCAUUCCCGAUGGUUAUACCUGCAAGGCUCUAUCGGAAAGUGCCAAACAACAUGGAAUUUAUAUUAUUGGUGGAACUAUUCCUGAAAUGGGAGAAAACGAUGCCAUUUAUAAUACAUGCACUAUCUGGGAUCCAAAGGGAAAUCUUAUAGGAAAACAUCGAAAGGUCCAUCUCUUUGAUAUUGAUAUACCCGGAGGUAUUCGUUUCAAGGAGUCUGAAACUCUCUCAGCCGGUAAUAAAUUCACCAUCGUUGAAUUUGAUGGACACAAAGUUGGAAUCGGCAUUUGCUAUGACAUUCGUUUCGAGGAAAUGGCGAGAAUCUACCGAAACAAUGGCUGUGAAAUGUUAAUCUAUCCGGCUGCCUUCAAUAUGACUACUGGACCAAUGCACUGGGAGCUCUUGCAAAGAUCCAGAGCCAAUGACAACCAACUGUAUGUAGCUUCCAUAUCACCAUCUCGAGAUGAAACUGCAGGCUACGUUGCCUAUGGACAUUCCAUGGUUGUGGAUCCCUGGGCCAAAAUUCUGGCUAGUGCUAAGGAAAAGGAGGAGGUUGUAAUCGCCGAUCUGGACUUUUCGAUAGUGGAGAAAGUUCGUCAACAGAUUCCAAUUUCCACCCAAAGGAGAACUGAUCUUUACACAACUACUGAAACAAACAAAGUUUAACCCAAUAUCCUGCUUUUAUUCAAGGCAUUAAAUGUGAUUGUAUAAUAUUUUCUUAACGGUUCUUCAUUUUAUUUUUAUAAAAAUAAAGUUUUAAAUUUUCCUAAAACUAA